UGGUUAAAAUAUAAACAAAACACGGUUGUAAAAGUAUUGAAAUCAUAACAAUACAACUAUUUAGAAAAAAUGCCGGGCCAAGAAGUAGUGACUACAAAAGUUGUGGUUCAUCCAUUGGUUCUUUUGAGCGUUGUUGAUCAUUUCAAUCGAAUGGGAAAAAUUGGGAACCAAAAGCGUGUGGUUGGAGUUCUACUUGGUUGCUGGCGAGCCAAAGGAGUACUUGAUGUUUCCAACAGUUUCGCGGUGCCUUUUGAUGAAGAUGACAAAGAUAAGUCUGUGUGGUUCUUAGAUCAUGAUUAUUUGGAGAACAUGUAUGGCAUGUUUAAAAAAGUAAAUGCCAGAGAAAAGGUUGUUGGCUGGUAUCAUACUGGGCCAAAAUUGCACCAAAACGAUGUGGCAAUUAAUGAAUUAAUAAGGCGGUACUGUCCCAACUCUGUUCUUGUUAUCAUUGAUGCUAAACCUAAGGACCUGGGGCUGCCCACAGAAGCUUAUCAGGCAGUAGAAGAGGUUCACGAUGAUGGCAGCCCAACCACAAGAACAUUUGAGCAUGUACCAAGUGAAAUUGGAGCGGAGGAGGCUGAAGAAGUUGGAGUGGAACAUUUACUGAGAGACAUCAAGGAUACCACUGUCGGAAGCCUUUCCCAACGUGUGACUAAUCAGCUCCUCGGUCUAAAGGGCCUCCACUCCCAGCUCAGCGAAAUAAGGGACUACUUAAUCCAAGUAGGUGAAGGGUCAUUGCCUAUGAAUCAUCAAAUUAUUUACCAAUUACAAGACAUUUUCAAUCUCCUGCCUGACAUAUCUAGUGAAAAUUUCAUUGAUAAUCUUUACAUCAAAACCAAUGACCAAUCCCUUGUUGUAUACUUAGCUGCCCUUGUACGAUCAAUCAUCGCAUUGCAUAACUUGAUUAACAAUAAGAUUACAAACCGAGAUGCAGAAGAAGGCAAGAAAGAUGAAGCAAAGGACAAAAAAGAGAAGAAAGAUGAUAAGGAUGACAAGAGUAAAACAGAUGAAAAAACAAAAUCAGAUAAGAAAGAAAAAGAUGAAAAGAAGAAGUAAUAUUGAGUAACAUAGCUUUAAAAUAUAAGUUUUGUAAUGCAAAAUAACUUAAAUAAAUAUUAUUAAUU